AUGUCAACAGGCAUCCUCAAAGUACAAGGCAACAAGGUUGUUGGCAACGAUGGCAAAGCAGUUGUACUCCGUGGUGCGGGACUGGGAGGUUGGAUGAACAUGGAGAAUUUCAUCACCGGGUACCCAGGCCACGAAAGCCAGCAUCGAGCAGUAAUGCUCCAGGUUCUCGGCCAGGAGAAGUAUGACUUCUUCUUUGACAAGUUUCUGGAGUACUUCUUCGACGAAGCCGAUGCCAAAUUUUUCGCUUCCAAGGGGUUGAAUUGUUUGAGAUUACCGUUCAACUAUAGACAUUUCGAGGAUGAUAUGAAUCCUCGAGUGUUGAAAGAGGGAGGUUUCAAACAUUUGGAGAGGGUUGUUGAGUUGUGUGCCAAAUACAACAUCUACACAAUCCUAGACCUACACGCAGCUCCUGGUGGACAAAACGGCGAUUGGCAUUCUGAUAACCCAACCAACUAUGCAGCAUUCUGGGACCACAAGGACCAUCAAGACAGAACGAUCUGGCUAUGGACUGAAAUCGCAAAGCGUUUCAAGGGCAAUCCAUGGGUGGCUGGUUACAACUUCUUGAACGAACCUUGCGAUCCUCUCCACUACCGCCUACCAAUCUUCUACGAAAGAAUCGAAAAGGCUGUGAGAGCCGUCGAUGCUGAACAUAUCCUCUGGCUGGACGGUAAUACUUUUGCCAUGGAGUGGAAGUACUUUGACAAGCCAUUGCCAAAUACCGUCUAUGGUCUUCACGACUACUCCAUGAUGGGCUUCCCGAAAGGCGAUCGCUACGAGGGUACUCCAGAGCAGAAAGAGAAGCUCGAAGCACAAUUCCUACGCAAAGCGGAUUUCAUGAGUGCGCACGACGGACCAGUCUGGAACGGAGAAUUCGGACCUGUGUACGCCAACCCACAACUCGAUGAAGGUCACGAGGAAAUCAAUGCGGCCAGAUAUGAACUGUUGAGCGAACAAUUGCGCAUCUAUGACAAGUACAAAAUCCACUGGAACAUCUGGCUCUACAAAGAUAUUGGUGUGCAAGGAAUGGUUCACGCCGAUCCCAACAGCAAAUACAUGCGCACCAUCGCCUCCUUUUUGGAGAAGAAACGGGCGUUGCAGCUGGAUGCUUGGGGAAGAUAUCCCAGCAAGGAAGUGGAAGCUGUGAUUAAUCCUCUGGUGGAGUUUAUCGAUCGUAAUUUGCCGACGAGUAAAGAUCAAUAUCCCACUCCUUGGGCGACGGAAAGACAGAUUGCGAGGUUGAUUAAUAAUAGUUGGAUGUCGAUGUGUAGCUCACUUGAGUUCGCGGAGCUUUUCCAAGGUAUGAGUAUAGAGGAGUUGGAUGAGUGUGCAAAGGGCUUUGCUUUUGAGAACUGUAUGCAGAGAGAGGGGUUGAAUAGGGCUUUGGAGGCUCAUGCGGAUGCUGCUAGUGAUUUGGAUGAGAGUUGGACGAGGCCCUCCAUGGUUUGGACUGAUGGGUCAAAGCUAGAGUCGGACUAG